ACAUUUGUUAGGCAUUAAUUCAAAAGGUAAAAUCAUCAAUUCAAGAAUAGAGUAUCAACGUUGUUGAAUGCUAUUUGUUUUGUAGCUUAGUUGAGUUUCAAAAAUAGAGUCGUUAUUUUUUUCUUUUACUUGCUCGUGAAAGAGACUGCAGCUAUCUUUAAAAAAAAUAUUAACGUGGCCCUAAGCCAAGCAAAUAUUAUUAUGAAUUCCUUGUACUUUAAAUUUUCUUUUUCUUCACACAUAUGUAUAUAUAUAAUAACUUGAACUCUUAUUAUAUUUGAUUAUUUUAUGUAAAAUGGACCAAUAAUAUAGUUAAAUCAAAGAUUAAAGACAAACCACUAAGGCUAGCUCCCACCCUUUCCUCUCUACCCCCUACCCCAUAAACAUAUUAUUGUUUAUAUAUUAUACCUAUAUAUACUAUCCAUAAGGAGUUUUUUUUUUAAAAAAAAAUAAUAAUAAAGAGCACAAAAGAAGAAAAGAAAAAGGAAGAAAUUGGAAGAGAGCUAAAUAAGUUCAUGAUAGUUUCAUGUAAAGAUUUUUUCUCCUUAUUUCAUUCUAUCACACUAUGUUUGUUUUAAUAGAAAAAAAAAUAUCAUUAUUAUUAUUUCUUAACAAAAAAUAAAGUUUUUUUUUAAUUUUCUUUAGCUUCCUUUCUGCCCAUUAAACAUUGAAAAUGGCAGAUUAAGAAUCAUCAUUUCCCCUCUAAAGGAAACACUCAUCAUUGCUCCCAACAAUCUUUUUUUUUUUUUUGUAAACCUUAGAAACAUUCUAUUUCUUUUUUCAUUCUUCAACAAUAUAAAUAUAACUCUUUUGUUAACUUUAUUUCUCCCCUCUUUCUCUCAAAGUUUUUUAAAUUAAAAAAAAAUAAAAAUGGAUCCUUCUUCUACAAACUCUGUUAAUGGUUUCUACACUUUUUUAACAAGAGGUAUUGAUGAUCUUGAAAGAGUUUUUCUCUCUAGUAAUUUCAUGUCUAUUCAAUUCCUUCAAAGGGUACUUUCCCUUUUAAGAUCUUUUCAUACACAAUUAACACUUCUUGUUCAAAAACUUCAUUUGCCUGUUGGUGAAAAGUGGCUUGAUGAGUAUAUGGAUGAAAGUUCUAAGCUUUGGGAAGUUUGUCAUGUUCUUAAGACUGGCAUUUCUGGAUUAGAGAAUUACUAUUCUUCUGGUUUUAAUGUCAUUUCUUCUCUUGAGAAUCAUCAACAUCUUAAUCCACAAUUAUCUAGACAGGUGAGUAGAGCAAUAACAGGGUGUAGAAGAGAAGCAAAUGGAUUAGAGGAAGAAAACAGAGCAUUAAUGGAAACAAGAAUUGAGCCACUCUCAUUAAGAUUUGAUGAAAUUGUUUCAGUAGAAUCAAAGCUAAAUGGAUUUAAUGGAUUCAGAGGAGUACUUUAUGCAAUGAGAAAUGUUAGUUCAGUUUUGCUAAUGAUUUUGCUUCAUGGAUUAGUCUAUUGUUGGCCUGAAUCAUCAUCAUCUUCCUCUGAUUUUUCAACAUCAGAAACAGGGGGGUGUCUGUUUUUUGGUUCAAAUUUUAUGAUAUCAAUCUCAAGAUUACAACAAAGAAUUGGUUCUCAGAUUAAUCAAAUGAAUCCAGGUAGAAGAUCCAUUUUGUUGUAUGAAUUUAGGAGAUCAAAAGCAGCCAUGGAUGAACUUAGAGGAGAAUUGGAGAAUAAAUGUGAAAAUGGGAUUAUAAGAGAAAGAGUGGAGAAUUUGAAAGCAUAUUUUGGGGUUUUGAAAAAUGGCACUGAGAAUAUUAUUGGACAAUUAGAUGAUUUUUUUGAUGAAAUUGUUGAAGGAAGGAAGAAACUUUUGGAUUUCUGCAGCCAUAGAUAAUUCAAAAAAAAAAAAUUAGAAGAAAAAAAAAUGAAAUACAAGUUAGGG